AUGGACUUCGCCUCGUUGAUGAGCAAGGAGCUCGGCAAAUCCAAGAAACCAACCUCCGGCGCCGGCGACUCCUCGACAAAGAAAUAUCAACGCCGUGCAGAGAUCGAAGCCGAACGACAAGCCGCCUACGAGGCCGAACAGAAACGUCUCAACGAUCAGAGAGAAGCUCAGCUAACCGCCAAGCGCAAGGCUGAAGAUGAUGCGGCAGCGGAACGUGAGGCACGGGAGGAGAAGAGACGGAAAUUAGCUGAAGAAUCGCGCAGGAGACGGGAAGAUCAGGAAUGGGAGGAGGAGCAGGCUAGGCGAAAGCGCCUUGGCUUGAAGGAGAGGGCCAGGACCGUCUGCGAGGAAGGCGAUGGGGAUCGCGUCGCAGACGGAGAGGAGGACAUCGCCGAGGCAGAGCUCGUCGCCAAGCUGAGAGAAAUUGGACACCCUGUUUCUCUCUUUGGGGAGGGCCACGCUGCGAAGCUGCGGCGAUACAGGGCCCUGACUACGGUUGUUACCGACGGGCCGAUCCCUACGACACUAGAACCGGUCGAAGAGAAGGACAUGAAGGUCCACGCGGGAGACCCCGUUGACAAAGAUGCUCGCAAAAUUCUGUACAGGAAAUUGGCCAGUUACUUCACAAUGGUAUUGCGAGAGUAUCAACGAGCCAUGGAUGCUGAGAAGGAAGACACCACGGCCAGCCGGAAUGCCUACGCUACAAUGGUGCAGACACGAGAAAACCUCAAGCCGCUUUUCCGCAAGUUUGAGAAGGAUGACGUGGAGUCAUCUUUACUCAAGGCCAUCUCCGAAAUCGUACAAGCGUUACAAGAACGGCGUUACGUGGAUGCAAACGAUGGCUACUUGCAACUCAGCAUUGGGAAAGCCGCUUGGCCGAUUGGUGUGACCAUGGUUGGCAUCCACGAGCGUAGCGCUCGCGAAAAGCUUCACGAUGGCCAAAAAGGCCACGUGAUGGGUGAUGAAGUUACGAGGAAGUACUUACAGAGCAUCAAGAGGUGCUUGACGUUUGCGCAGGUGAGGUGGCCACCGACAGAUAUGCGCCAGUUGAUGGGCUGA